GGUUUAGUACUGUUUUGAAAGUAAAAUGUGAUAGGAAACAAAAAACGAUUAAAAUAUAAAGUUGUUAAAGAGAGAAAGAUGUAAUUAAAUAAAAAAAUGUAUUAUUAUCUUUUAUUAAUCAUUGUUACACUAAAAAAAAUACAUUAUAACAGGAGUUUAUUUUCGGCGGGAAACCCUAUAAAUGUUCAGCGGUUUUAUAGAAAGCCGCAAACAAAUUAAAAAUAUAUUUUUAUUAAAGAAAUGUUUGUUUCGUUUCCCUCCUCAUUUUCGCACCGGCUCGUUUUCUAUUUGACUUAAAAUAAAAUAACAUGUAACCACACUAGUUCGCGAUUUUGAUUUAGAUUUGCAGGUGUCAUGGAGGCACGAGGACUGGGUUCGAGAGCUUCGCGUUUUGCGAGAGAAAGACGAUGAUGGCGCUGUGUGGUGGUUGGUUGUCAGAGGUUCGCGACGACGAUGUGGGGAUGAUGAUGGAGGAUCUCUAUUUCACAGUGGCUUGCGGUGGUGAAAAUGAAGCUUGCGAUGAAGGUGAUUGUCUUCGCGAUGAUCUGGUGAUUGCGGUUUUGAUUCGGACCAACCAUUACCUGAAGGGAGAGGCAUCGUGGAAUAUUGUAUGGGACAUGCGGCCGGCGCGGUGGCUCCAUCGUCUUGAUUCCGCGUGGCUCCAUAGUGGAAUGUUGCAUGGGUUCUGGGGUUCAAGAUGUCAUACUAUGCAGAUUUUUCGACAGGCAAAUGAAUUCCACUUGGCUCUUUGCUUCAGCUCAGUCAAAGUGGUAUAGCAAACACCAAGAAAUGAAAGAAUUCACUGUGAAUUUGGGUCAGAAAUCGAGGAGAAAACUGAAAGGUAUGAGUGGGUAUAUUGUAGAGGAAGCUUUGAUGAUGGACGGAACCAAGAAAGUACAAGUGAAGCUGUGAAUGCGUACUAUUCAGCAGCUUUGGUGGGUUUAACAUAUGCUGACUCACGUCUUGUUGCCACUGGAUCAACGCUAUUGGCGAUGGAAAUUCUUGCUACACAAAUUUGGUGGCUUGUGAAAGUUGAAGACAACAUGUACAAUAAAGAAUUUGCAAAAGACAAUAGGAUAAUUGGUGUUCUGUGGUCUAAUAAGAGGGAUAGUGCAUUAUGGUGGGCCGCUGCUACAUGUAAAGAGUGCAGACUUGGAAUCCAAGUGCUACCCUUGUUGCCUAUCAGUGAGACAUUGUUCUCUGAUGCUGCUUAUGUGAAGGAGCUUGUGGAAUGGACACUUCCAUCUUUAAGUAGUCAGAGUUGGAAGGGAAUGACCUGUGCCUUGCAGGGAAUUUACGAUAAGCAAUCAGCAUUGUGUAUCAUAAGAACAUUGACAGCUUUUGAAGGUGGAAACUCAUUCACUAAUCUCUUGUGGUGGAUUCACAACAGAUAAUUAUGGAGUCGUGAUGCGCAUAACUUUGAAUAAAUAAUGUUUCAACUCAAUAAUCUAGGUUGAAGCAACGUAUGCAACCUCGAAUCUCAUCUCAGUUUUGUUAGUUUAUGAUUAUGGAUAUCAAUUUAAUAAAAUAUUUUAUA